AGUGAUGGAAUCAUUCUUGAAUUCCAUCCAAGUGGUCAAGAAUGCUUUUUCGCCAUUGGAAUCUAGUGUAAGAAAGGCCGCCAAGGAUUUUGAGCAGUGUUGGCCUCAUAUUACCUUCAAGAAAGGGUGUUCUAGUGUUAGUACUGAUAGCAAUGAUGAUCAGAGUAAUGUAAAUUUGGGCGCCCCGGGGCAGUUGGGGUUUAGGAAGAAGAAUAAUAACGGUGGGGGUGGUGGGCAAUGUGUGGUUGGUGAUGAGAAAAAGAAGGGUUUAUCGAUUAAAUUGCCAAUUAAGAUGUUUGUGGGCAUGUUUGUGGAGAAAUGUGGGGGUAAUGGGAAUGUUACUAGGGCUGAGAAUGUUGCAAAAAUGGGGUUGCAAGAGAAGGAUGGUGGAAAUGGUGGGAAAGAGGAUGGGGGUUGCAGUAAUUGCUUGCAAUUCGCAGUGGCGUGGUCUUUGUUGAUUAAUGGUUUUGUUCAGGCUUUUCCUAGCCCCUUUAAACAUGGGAAGAAAAGGAUUCAGAGGGUAUGUGAUGAGAAUGCUGUUGGUGGUGGGACACCGCGUGUUUCAUGUGAGGUUAAGGAGAAAGGGUCCAAAAUGGGAGGUGGUAUGGAGUUCUGUGACAAACACUUGAAGGAAAAGGAGGAAAAAGGUUUGUCAUUGGAGUGUUUUCUUGGUUUUAUAGUUGAUCAGUUCAUUCAAAAUGUUCAGAAGUUUGAUGUGAGAAUGCAGGAAAUUAAGUGCAGCAGCACUGCCGAUGGUGAGUCCGGUCCAGUUGCUGAUGAUCAGUUUGAUCAUUUGAGGGCGCUUGCUAGUAUUUUGGAAGGUAAAAGGGCUGAUGUGAAUGUAUUUUUUGGAAGUUUGAAGUUUGCGCGAGUAGGAGGUGUUCCAUCAAGUAUUGUUGGCGUUACUUCUUCCAACAAGGAAGAGGGUGAUAUUGGAGUUAACAAUGCUGAAACUCAGGAAGGGAGUGCGGGUGGCAAUUCCCCGCAAAAGUUAGCAAAUGGGUUGCUUAGCAUUCCCUUAUCAAAUGUUGAGCGUCUGAGAUCCAGCUUGUCAACUGUGUCAUUGACAGAACUGAUUGAGCUUUUACCUCAAGUUGGGAGACCAUCAAAAGACCACCCUGACAAGAAGAAGUUGUUCUCAGUCCAGGACUUCUUCAGAUACACAGAAGCAGAAGGAAGGAGGUUUUUUGAAGAGUUGGAUAGAGACGGUGAUGGCCAGGUCACUUUGGAAGAUCUCGAAGUUGCCAUUAGAAAGAGAAAGUUGCCAAGGAGAUAUGCUCGCGAGUUCAUGCGCCGCACUAAAAGUCACUUGUUUUCAAAAUCAUUUGGUUGGAAGCAAUUUCUGUCAUUAAUGGAACAGAAAGAGCCAACUAUACUUAGAGCAUAUACAAGUCUCUGUUUGAGCAAGUCUGGGACACUAAAGAAAAGUGAAAUUUUGGCAUCUUUGAGGAAUGCUGGACUUCCUGCGAAUGAAGACAAUGCUAUUGCUAUGAUGCGGUUUCUAAAUGCUGACACUGAAGAAUCUAUUUCCUAUGGGCAUUUUCGCAAUUUUAUGCUUUUGCUCCCAUCUGAUCGGCUUCAAGAGGAUCCAAGGAGUAUCUGGUUUGAAGCAGCUACUGUAGUUGCUGUUCCACCACCUGUGGAAAUACCAGCUGGAAGUGUUUUAAAGUCAGCACUGGCGGGAGGGCUCUCUUGUGCAUUGUCCACAUCUCUAAUGCAUCCUGUUGACACAAUCAAGACUCGAGUACAAGCUUCAACGCUUACUUUCCCUGAAAUUUUGGCCAAGCUUCCAGAACUUGGAGUUCGUGGAUUAUACCGAGGCUCAAUUCCAGCAAUUCUUGGACAAUUCUCAAGCCAUGGUCUACGAACUGGAAUAUUCGAAGCAAGCAAGCUUGUACUCAUUAAUGUUGCUCCGACACUUCCCGAUUUCCAGGUCCAAUCUGUUGCAUCAUUUUGUAGCACUUUCUUAGGAACAGCGGUGAGGAUACCAUGCGAAGUCCUGAAGCAAAGGUUGCAGGCUGGUUUAUAUGAUAAUGUUGGCCAAGCAAUCAUUGGUACUUGGCAUCAAGAUGGUCUUAAGGGUUUUUUCCGUGGGACAGGUGCCACUCUAUUCAGGGAGGUCCCAUUUUAUGUUGCAGGCAUGGGGUUGUAUGCUGAAUCUAAAAAGGUUGCGCAGCAGCUUUUAUGCCGUGAACUAGAACCCUGGGAAACAAUUGCAGUUGGGGCUUUAUCUGGCGGGCUAACUGCUGUUCUGACAACCCCGUUUGAUGUUAUAAAGACAAGGAUGAUGACUGCCCAGGGCAGGAAUUUGCCAUUAAGGCUGGUAGCCAUCUCUAUUGUUCGUCAUGAAGGAGCCCUAGGAUUAUUUAAAGGAGCUGUGCCUAGGUUUUUCUGGAUUGCCCCCCUUGGUGCCAUGAACUUUGCUGGUUACGAGCUUGCAAGGAAAGCUAUGGACAGAAGUGAUGAAAACGGCGAUCAGGGUAACCAGAAAAGGUCAGCCAGCACUGCCCAAGCAUCGAAGUAAACUAGCAGUAAUUGUUACCAUGUCUCAAAAUUUUGUCCCGCUCUCUUCUGUAGAUCCUGGAAAUUUUGAGCAUUUUUCCAGAUUAGAUUAGUGAUAUACAUGGUUCAAAUUUAUUCGUCGAAAUCUCUGUAUGGAAAUGAACUACCAUCGAGUUUCCAUAUCUUAAAAAAGACUCUUGCUGCUGAACAUGUAGAAUUUGUCAGGACUGGCACCCGUUCUGCUUUUUGUUUUGGAAGUACUACCCUUUUUGUACAUUUUUACAGGUGACAAAAGUGCAGCUGACUUUUUAUCUUUUCA